AUGGAUAUCACCGGACACUCGCCGGAGGACUCAUUUGCGGCAAUGGCGAAUCUGACUCUUGAUGAGAGGAAUCGUUUUAAUUUGAGGCUGCGAAAGUGCGGAAGAGUGAAACUGCCAGGGAUGUCAACAAGUGGCAUCAAUUUAGUGGCUGGUGGAGGUAAGGCACAUCCCUGCACUUUUCCUAAAAAAAAUUUCACUCUUUUUCAAUUUCUUUAUUAUUGUUUUUUGGGGCCUUUUCCCCUCAAAUCAAAUCUCAUCCACAAACUCCAACGCUUUGGUUUUCAGUCCGUAAAAGCGUCCCCAGCUGUCACAUGUGGGCCUCUCCAGUUGCGUGGCAAUGGCUUCGUUCAGUCACCGGCGCGCGGAGCGGCUCGCCUCCGGCUUCCGUUUUCCGCCGCCAACGUGGCAGCUCGCUUUUCAGAGACUGCUACGCGGCACUCUCUUCAUGGUUAG